AAAAUCAGUUCAGUUCGCGUUUGGCCAUCGCCGUGUGCGCUUCUACUGCUGAUGCUGUCUGGUUCUCUGAUUUGAGUCUAACAGUUCGAGUUCGAGUAAUUUCCCGAGAUAUCCGUUGGAGCCCGCGAUUUGUCCACACCAUUGUCCGGUCGGCUCGUGCCGUUCGUUUGUUGCCGUGGUGAAGAGAGGAGUUAUCAAAAACAGGGGGAAAAUUGGCGGAAUUACGUUUCUAUUUGCCCCGUUUGUUGGUGGUUUUCUUUCGGGCGGUUUGUGUCCAUUGCGCGGUCUGAAAGUGUGUGAUAUGCAGUUAGCUGCGGAAAUCGCCGGGUGACGAUAAAUUUGUUUCCUUCGAAGUUUUGGGAAAUUCAUACACGGAGUGUUGGUCUAGACAAGUGGUGCUUUUCUGGGGAAACGGUCGCUAUCGCUGCGAAAGUGUGAAUGUGCGUAAUUCUUGGUCCACCCGGGGAAAUAUUUCAGCGGUCAGCGAAACUUCCGGACAGUCGAAAACUGGUCUCGCGAAGCGUGUGUGAGACGGGAAUCGUAACAUCGCUUAUAAGCGGCAAUCAAUUAUCUCCGGAAACUGCUCGUUGGAACAUCUGGAAGCUUGAGUUAUUUUUAUAGAACCCCGUAUCAUCAGAGCGAGGAAUUUUCGCUUUCCAUUACGGAGCGGUGCGCUGCCAAGAUUUAUUGGGAUCUCGGGGGGAAAGUGGAAUUUCGACUCGGUGUGGACAGUGCUGGUUUUAGUAUCCGGUUCCAGCUGGAGCAAGUGUUGUUUGCGAAUCCCAAUAUAUCAUCCGAUAGAGAGAAAAAAAUGAAGCUAAGAGUUGAACUCCUUAUUCUAAUGGUGAUGAUAGCCUGCAGUCGUGCCGUCAGCUCACAGCUAGGUGACCCCUGUCAACACGAUAUGGACUGCACGGACAGCAUCCGGGGCAGUUAUUGCACCUUGGAAGGCUUCUGCGAGUGUUCCCCAUUUUACGUGCGACUUAACGAGACCAAAUGUUUACCAUCUCAACUGCUCGAAAGCGACUGCAUCCUCUCCGAGCAGUGCGCCAUGCGUGUGGCUAAUAGUGUCUGCGUGGAGAACCGUUGUCACUGCGAGGAUGGGUUUCUACAGUUUCGAAAGCACACCUGCUUAUCACCGGCUCAACCUGGAACGGUUUGUUACAGUCAUGCCCACUGUCAGAUGUGGGACAAGGAGAGUCACUGUGACUUUUUGAUCCCUAAUUUGUUUGGUCGUUGUCAGUGUUCCUCGGCAGCACGACAAGUAGGACCUACCUGUGUAAUGGACAUUGCCGAAGAACUGGAGCAAAAGUUGCCAGGAUUUGUCAAGCCGCAAGAAGCCGCAAUCGACCGUAUCUCGACCACGACGGAAAACGACGUGGUUGUUGUUGAAAAUUUUACCACAGAGAAACAUACGACCGAUCAUGAUCAGCAGAUGGGACAAGCCGAACAGGAUAUCCAAAUGGAAAAAGAUACCACCCCGGAGGAAAGUACCACCACCGGUGAAGUGUACGGAGGAGAAAAUGUCACGAGUGAGGAGUCGAAUGCGAUAUACGAUGAUUCUGGAAGUAUGACCCAUAUGCAGCAAUACGAGAACACGGAACGUUAUACUGGACUGGAACAGGAGGCGGAAGCGGACAUUAUGGCACACGAAGAGCGCAACACAGUCGUAACCACUGUCAGCAAUUCAGACCCGGGGACUUCAUAUUACGAACAACAUUCAUCGGAGCUAACAACCGUAGACACGAUUGACGAUAGUUAUGAUUAUGAUGAUGAUGAGCAGGAAGGAGAUGAUUCUCAUCUUCAAAACCAACAUCAAAAUGAAGUUGAACUCAUGGAGAAACACAAACAUCUCCCCGAUGAAAACCAUUCCAAUUUAAUCGAAGGUGAAGAAACAACUCCUAGAGCAAGUCAGAACAUUAUUGAAGUCCACAACAACAUAACGGAAAUAAUAUCGACUACCGAAACCGAGGAGUCAUACCAUCGUGAAGACUUUGCGACAGUGGGCGCGAGCACUGAAAUCAGCACAAUCAUUGCAGAACAGACGGCGAAACAGGAAAGUGAUAACGAAAUUAUAAAUGAUGUUUUCGAACACACGACGCCCACAAUGGUUCGAUUGGCAAGCAGGACAACCGUAAUGGAACCAGAAGCACCGGUAUCCACAACCGUUGCAACGCUGACUGCGGAAUCGGAAAACGAAAUGAUAACAACGACCACGGAACGCAUUACCAGCAUCAGCACUACAUUUGGUCCCGCGAUAACAUCCGCUGCGCCCUCUUCAACAACGGCUGACAGUGCACCAUCCGCUUCAAAUGUAGAGGGCAGCAUCAGAGUAAAGCAUCAAGGUAUUCGAACACGUGUUGAUCUUGGCGACGGGCCCAUCUCACUUGGGCUGGCCUGCGUAAACAAUCGCCAGUGUCAGUUGGCCGACCCUUACACGUACUGCAAUGAGCUGGGUCGAUGCGACUGUGCCCACCCCCAGCUGGCGGAAGUUCGCGACAACGUUUGCAACGCUGCGAAUACCGGAUGCGCGCCAGGAACGUUUCAGUGCCGCUCGAGUGGAAUAUGCAUCAGUUGGUUCUUCGUGUGCGAUGGCCGCCCAGACUGCAGUGACGCUUCGGACGAGGAGUGCAAUUUCUCGCUGAAAUCAAACACCACCAACUGUCCGACCCUUUCGUACCGCUGCGAGCAGAGCGGCCGAUGCAUCUCGAGGGCCGGAAUCUGCGACGGGAAGACUCAGUGUCCCCACGGUGAGGACGAACAAGGUUGCGACUUCCGGAAGGCGCGCAGAUGUCCCGAUCAUACGUUCAUGUGCCGAAGUGGCGAGUGUCUGCCGGAGUACGAAUACUGCAACGCGAUCAUUUCCUGCCGGGAUGGAAGUGACGAACCACCGCAUCUCUGUGGCUCCCGAACGGUCCCCAACUUUUUCGCGAGGUUACUCUCGAGCCCCAGCAGUCGCAGCCGGAACUAUUGUCCAAUGCGGUGCGGCAAUGGAAACUGCCGUUCGACAGCCAUCGUUUGCUCGGGACGGGAUGGCUGUGGAGAUGGAUCGGACGAGGAGGGUUGCUCGGUUUGCCGUUGUCCGGCGCCGGCCCACGAGGGAGCUGCGUCCCCCCUUCUAGUAGGAGUCAUCAGCAGCAAAUCCAAGCAGCGAAGUCGAACAGGCCGCAUCACUAGCAACUGGAAGCAGUAACGUUCUGGGCUCAUCUCCGUUUGAGUUUUAAUUUGCAUUCCAAAAAAUCCUCACCGAAACAACAUACACGUUUAGUUUCCCCUUAUUCGAGAUAAGUAACAGUCUGCUUUUAGAAUAGAUCGGAAAUGUCGUACUAGUUUACUUAGAAUACACCCACGAUAACCAGCUCAUGCGGAGUAGUAUGCAAUAUAGCGCGACCUUCGCCGUUCCAUCACUUAUCGCUAGCCGCUCGAAUGUCGUCUGUUCUGAUUGGGACAGCAAAAAAAUAAAAGUUUGCUAGCUUGUACCAACAAUUUUACGCACACGAUGAUAACCGGCAGACGGUUCUUGGUGCUCCAGUUUGCACAUGCCAAUGCUUAUCCUUCGGCAUUGAUAUGCAUGUUCCUCGUAUGACUUACAACAGCGAACCGCAUAUAUUUAUAGACCAGUAGGAAUAACAUUUUGUAUAUAUACUGAUUACAAUAAUAGAUAGCCUUGUCAGCACUAUUUAGCAACAUAUUUAUGAUAUCGGAGCGAAACGAUGCCUGCAGUUCGCGCAUAUUAUUUUUGCACAACCCAAAAAGGGAUAACCCGAGAGUAUUUGAAUUCUAUCAUGAAAAAACCCAAAAAUCGGCUUGAAUUCUUAUACACACAAUUAGGUCCAUAGACAUGAACGAAAAUUUCACAAACAUAUUGAGUUCGGGAAAAAUUAUUUUUUGGAUAAACAUUCUCAUUUGAGUAGAAACAUGACAAUGACGAUCCCUCCAUUAAAAUUAUCGUCUUUCACAUUUGAUAAUUGUUUAUCCAUUCCAGCUUCGCCCUUUUCCAUACAUGCCUUCACCAUUUUAUGUAAGACUUUACAGACUUAGAGUAGACUGUAAUUGAUUUUGUUAGCAAGUAGCAAAAAAAACUUUAUCAGUAAACUGACUGAGAAACAAGUAAACGUCCAGUGGCUCACACAUUUUAGCAUUUCUUUGAAUCAUGCACUACACAAAGUAAAAGCCACUUCAACUUUUAUAAAAUGAAAGUGCGCGAGCUCUAGUAGCACACAUGAAAAAACAAGGUUAAGUGUAAGGAUACAUAAAUCGAUACGCUAGUGGCACAAAGUAAGUGACGUGCAUCACAUCAGGAGGGGUAAAUUAAAAUUUAUUUAUUUAAAACAUGCGGUGCACGCGAAACGAGAAUUACUACACACGGGAAGAGAAACACAGCACAUGAAACACUCACCACUUGUAACCUUGAGAAGUAUGAAGGAAAUUAUUGGAAGCCUUGUACAGGGAGUGCUGGCGUGUGAAUCGGGUGUCACCAAGAAGCACUCACUGAAUAAUGCAUUUCAAUGAUUUGGAAAGGUAAUUCUAGCGAGCUGUCUUACCGGCCGCUUUCUUAAAUCCAGCGGGUAGGCAAGCAAGCAUUACUAAUGCCGUACACUUAACACAAAUACAAAUCAUACCCAUGUAUAAACUACUGUUUUAUAACACUUUUACAUUUUAAGAAAAACUAAUUGGUAGAGAAGUUUUUAAUGAAAAUAUAUACAUGUAAGGAAGUAUCUUUAUGCUUUA